AUGGAUUUCGCUCUCCAGGUGUACAUUAUAUUUCCUUAUAUCACAUCCUUCUGUUUAGCCUGGGACUACAGUGAUCCAAGUACCUGGUCCUCUACCUACAGUAAUUGUGGGGGGACGAGUCAGUCCCCCAUUGCCCUGACGGAAUCCUCCAUGACCCCUGCCACGUUCGAGGGUUUUUCACUGACAGAUGAAGAUGUAACAUUGACUGCUACACUCAGUAACAAUGGACACUCGGCAAAGGUGACCUUCACUGAGACUAUAACAGUGACGGGAGGGGGACUCGGAGGGAUAUUUAAGGUGGCUCAGUUUCAUUUUCACUGGGGUAACGACUCCAGUAGAGGCUCCGAACACACACUCAAUGGCGCCCAACAUAUUCUACAACCAAUCUGUAUAUUUUAUCCAUCUCCUUGCCCUUUUGAAGUUUCUAGUCGUUUCUACAGACCAAUAAACUCGCUUAGUGUGAAUUUUAUGCCAUCCGACAACAAAUUCACAACAAGCGAGUUUAUUGGUCUGUAG